AUGAAUGCUAUCCCUGAAAUCAGUUCGUAUGAGGACCGUGCCAUUGAUACCGUGGUGUCCAUCAUCAAUAAAGCCAAGGAGAAGUUGGGAGAAAGACUGACUUUGAGACAAUUAGCACAAACCCGUGAUGGCCUCGCGAACCAAGGCAAAGUGACACUUCGUGGUCUCCGGACCCCCCUCGUGGUCAACACUGAGAAGUUCCUGAAGGAUACGAUUGAGAAGACCUGGGACCUUACCAGAACGUUUUCUUAUGUGCUCAACUACCUGGGAGGGUCUCAGGAUGAAUGCUCCCAGUACUACUAUUUUGAAGCGAUGUUCAGCCAACCCACAGCCAUGUAUCCAAUCCCUCAGACCACCGCCAGCGUGUUCUUCAGGGUCGAAGACAAGCAUAUAGAGCCGGUGGAGUCCAAGGGUGUGCCAAGGAUGGUGUUCAGGCUGGAGGGCUUCCACUCGGAACACGACGUACGCUUCGUGACUCUGACCGACGACUGGAUCCUGGGGAUACUGCAGAUGAAGACCAAGCUUUACCAGCGCAUCGAGCAGAUCAAGCUGUUCUGAUCUCGUCAUGAUAAAUAGUUACUUCUUUCUUUUACCUCAUGUUUUUCUUCAUAUUAACUUCAAACAAAAAGUAACUUCGGUUGUAAAGCGUA